AGAAAAUUCACCAGACCUGACAUCGCUGUAGUCCCUGAGAACAACAACCAGACAACAUGGCUCAUGGUUUAGUACUGUUAGCAAUACUGCUAGCCGUUAGCAACAAUGCCCACUGUGAUUUUUCGCCUAUGCUUAUUACAGAUUUGGCGAAGGUGCUUACGGACAACUACUGCUCUCCAGAAAUACUUUCUGGUAUGGAAGAAGUAAUAGGUAUUGCCACCAGCAAUACGGAGAUCCUCAGCAUCCAAGAUCCCAGUAUACUUGCCAGUAUGCUGACAGAUGGGGUUAGGAGUACAAUUGGUGAUCCUAGAGUAAAGGUCACUUAUGAUCCAGAUUAUGUUCCAGCAGCACCUCCAGGAAUUCAUGACAUCCCACCAGAGCAACUGGCUGCUGUGGUCAAGGGCACAGUAAAUGUAGAGGUCCUCGAAAAUGACAUUGCCUACCUGAAGAUUCAACAUAUUAUUGGGGAAGAGAUUGCUCAGAAGAUCGGGCCACUUCUGCUGCAGCAUGUUUGGGACAAAGUUCUCCCCACCUCGGCCAUGAUCCUGGACCUUCGUUAUGCUGUUAGUGGGGAACUGUCUGGUAUCCCUUACAUUGUCUCCUAUUACACUGAUGCUGAGCCUCUUAUCCAUAUUGACUCUGUGUAUGAUCGUCCUUCAAACAGCACCACUGAGCUCUGGUCCAUGCCCACCUUAUUGGGAAAAAGGUAUGGAAGCUCCAAGCCCCUGAUCAUUCUAACAAGUAAGAACACUGUUGGCAUUGCAGAGGAUGUUGUUUACUGUCUGAAAAACCUCAAACGAGCUACCGUUGUUGGAGAAAAUACAGCUGGAGGAUCAGUGAAAAUUGACAAGAUUAAACUUGGUAAUACUGAUUUCUAUGUUUCUUUACCCGUGGCUAAAUCCACCAAUCCUAUCACUGGCAAAAGCUGGGAAGUCAAAGGAGUUGCACCAGAUGUUGAAGUCAAUGCAGAAGAUGCCAUCGAUGCUGCAGUUGCAAUCAUUAAGCUUCGUGCUGAAAUCCCUGCAAUUGUCAAGUCUGCAGCCUCUUUGAUUGCAGAAAACUAUGCUUUUGACAGCAUUGCGGUUAAUGUAGCAGAAAAGUUAGAGGCUCUAGUGGCCAGUGGGGAAUACAGCAUGAUUACCACAAACGAGGAACUGAAAGCAAAGCUCUCAGCUGAUCUCUUAAAACUGUCCGGGGACAAGUGCCUGAAAAUUACAGACAACAUCCCUAUGCUGCCUCCAGUGAGCCCUCCACCAGAAAUGUUUGUUGCACUCGUUAAAGAUUCUUUUCACACUGAUGUGUUUGAGAACAACAUUGGUUAUAUGCGUUUUGACAUGUUUGGAGACUUUCCACAAGUCGCUGCAGUUGCUCAGAUCAUUGUGGAGCACGUCUGGAACAAAGUAGUGGAUACAGAUGCUAUGAUCAUUGACCUCAGGAACAAUAUUGGAGGGUCCACAAAACCGAUUGCAGGACUCUGCUCUUACUUCUUUGAUGAUGACAUGCAGAUUGUGUUGGACAAACUAUAUGAUAGAUCCUCUGGCACCACAAAAGUACUUGUCACCCUUCCAGAGUUGACAGGUAGAAGAUAUGGCUCCAAGAAAGGCCUGCUGAUCCUGACUAGUGGAGUGACAGCUGGUGCAGCAGAGGAAUUUGUUUAUAUCAUGAAGAGGUUUGGCCGUGCCAUGAUUGUAGGUGAGCCAACCCAUGGCUCCUGCCAGCCACCAAAAACUUUCCAAGUAAGCGACAGUGAUGUUUUUCUGUCAAUUCCUGUCACCCACUCAGACACUACCCAGGGUCCUGCCUGGGAGGGAGCCGGAAUUGCCCCUCAUGUUGCAGUGGCUGCCAAUGAAGCCCUGGAUGUAGCCAAGGGUAUACUUAACAAGCACUUUUUAGACCAGAAAUAAGUUUCCAAAUCUGGACAUGUUGGGACAGCCAAAUGAUCUAGAAGAGGAAAGUUAGAAGUAAGCAGGCCAUUGUACUUGUGCUAGAUUUCUGAAGAAAACUAGGAAACUCAUGUCCUCCCCUAAAUCUUCUCUAGUCUCUUAGACCUUUCUUUCAUCCCAUUCUAAUUACAGAACAGUGGCAUACACUGAAACACAAAUAAAUUUUUUAAAUGAUUUGAAAUAAUACUUAAAUUUACUAUUUCAUACCUGUUGAACCAUAUUUACAUAUAUGAUUACUGUCUGUCAUGUCAAGUCCUGUUCAUGGAAAUGUUGUUUUACACUGUAACUCCAACAUGCUAAUCUGAUGCUUCAUAAAAAUUGUAUUAAAUGGAAAUUUAUAGUCUGUGAAUUUUUCCAUGUCUCAAAAGCACUUUCUAGUCAUGUCUUAUUUAUAUUUGGAUACGCUGAACUGUAUCAAAAUUACUACAAUCGAUAAAACAUUUAUGCAUUUUGAAGAAAUCGUACUAGUCCACAGAAGGCUGAAACAAGGUGAAAACAGCAAAAAAAAAAAAAUAAAAAUCUUCAGAUCUCGUAGUCUCACCUUUCUCUAACACAAGGAAAUGUUCAGCUUAAAUGUGAAAUAUCAAUCCAUCCAGAAGAUGGCAGUACACCACUUAUACUCAAUAGUCAGAAACGUAUCAUACGCUGAGAGUGAGUGAGUGAGUUUAACACAACAGUGAAAAGAGUCUCACUUAUUUAUGUAAGCAAUGGUGUUUCUGCAUAAGAAUUCAAGUUCUUAGAAGAAAAAUGUUCUGAAUAGGAAUCUGUAAUGGAAUUGUAAUGGAGUGUUUUUUUUUAAGCUAUUAUACUAAGGUGCAUGGAGUCACACAAAGGAAAGGCCUGCAGUUUGAAAUUAAGUGGGCCAAGAUAUUAAGUUAUUUUUGAGAGAGCAGCUGCUGGGGGUUAUGUGUUUAGAGCCAGGAAAGUCUAAGAACAAUGGAAUGUUUAGGGGACAUGGCAUUGUGGUAGGUACAGGGCUGUUACUGAACUGUUGCUGAGGGCCCCAAAGGUUCAUAUUCUUACAGGGCCCCCUGUUGGCUGGGCAGUUAUGGAAAUCUUUAAAGAACGAAACAGCUAAUUAAGAUUAGAGAGGAAUAUAAAGUGAAAGCAUUAGGAUUAGUCAUGGGUGUGCUUUGUUGCUAACAGAAUGCCCUGCAUACAGAAUGCCCUUCUCACCUGAUUGCUCAGUUUGGCCAGGCGGCCAGCUCUAGGAAGAGUCCUGCUUGUUCCAAAAUUCUUCUAUUUAAGAAUUAUGGAGGUCACUGUGCUCUUGGGAACCUUCAAUGCAGCAGAAAUGUUUUUGUAGCCUUCCCCAGAUUUGUGCUUCGACACAAUCCAGUCUCUGAGCUCUGUAGGCAGUUUCUUUGACCUCAUGGCUUGGUUUUUGCUCUGAUAUGCAUUUUCAGCUGUUAGACCUCAUAUAGACAGGUGUGUGCCUUUCCAGAUCACGUCCAAUCCAUUGAAUUUGCCUCAGGUGGACUUCAGUCAAAAUGUAGAAACAUCUCAAAGAUGAUCCAAAGAAAUGGGAUGCACCUGAGCUAAGUGUCAAAGCAAAGGGUCUGAAUACUUAUGUCAAUGUGAUAUUUCAGGUAUCUUUUUCUUUCUAAUAAAUUUGCAAAGUUA